UAGAUUUUUCUCCCCCUUCUACCCGCAGAACUACAGACCCAACGCACGUUGUAGAUACAACUUCCACGCGGAGCGAGGGGAGGUCAUCAAAAUCAUCUUUGCUAAUAUUCAACUGCAUCAUCGUGGUGGCAGCCAGGAUCUUGUCAGCUGUUUUAACGCACCUGAUAUAAUUUCUGUAUAUAACGGCAUCGACACAGACAGUACCAUCAUCAAGCAGUUUUGUAGUUUUCACAACGGAGAAGAAGUUUUAUCAAGGGGAGACAGUCUACUUGUUACGUUUGAAACGGACCGCAGCGCUGAGGAGCAGGGCUUCGCCGCCACCUAUGAGUUUGUGGGAGAACACAUGGAUGUAACACCAGUAGUCAGACAUCCCAAUAACACAAUCCACGAUGGAAACUCAGCGACGAACUCUUUUCGAUGUGGAGGCAGCAUAAGCAGCAUGGAGGGCAAGAACGGGACAAUAUCAAGCCCCUCCUACCCGAAACCCUACCCGCCAUCCCUCACGUGCCGUUUCACCUUUCAAGGGGUGGGGCGCGAGAGGGUGCAGCUGAAGUUCGUGCACUUUGACCUGUACUACCCUUCCGGAGACCCCAAGGCGCCUGUAGAUUGUACAGGUUCAGACACAGUGUCAGUCUACAUACAGAUCAACGGUCGGAACGAGGCCCUGGGCACAUACUGUGGGUCCAAGCUGCCCCCCAAACUCAUGUCCAACAGUAACACCAUGACGGUUGAGUUCCGCUCACGCCGACCCUCCUUGACUGUCACCGGAUUUCUCGCCAACUACGAGUUUGUCACAAAUUUCGGCAUUGACACAGGUCAGCAGGACGAAAGAGGAACUUGCUCCUUUAGUUAUGUCAGCAAAAAUGAACCUGAGGGACACAUCCGGUCCCCCAACUACCCGGGCCUGUACCCGCGCAAUACCGAGUGCCAAUACCUGUUCUAUGGCAAGGGCAAGGAACGGGUUCACAUCACAUUUCUUACCUUUGAUGUCGACGGCAUUGGACCAAGGUGUGAGGAAAACACCAAAAGUGAUUACGUUUCUUUCUCCAAUUUCCACGAAACUGAGGACCGGAAGUUGUACCGGAUGUGCGGGCUGGCGUCGCAGAGUAAACACAAGGUCGAGUCUGACGGCGUCUUCUUCCGGGUCACCUUCAAGUCAAACGAGAUUUAUGAUGCACAUGGAUUUGAAGCCUUCUAUCAAUUUCAAGGAGGAACACCAACUGGACAGCUGGUGGACCCCACGGCCGCCGACAGCCAACCCUCCCUGCAGACAUCUCCGUCGAUCGUCGUACUCGCCUUUAUCACCGCCCUGCUGAUUAUCUCCCCUGUACGGACUCUUCACUUGUGAUGACUUGCGCGCUCACGUGUUAGCGCCCUCUGGUGACUGUGGCCCGGAGUGAAAGCAAGCAGCACGGAGCAAAAAUACAAAAACAAAGCAAAAAAAUAGUGUGUGAGUGCGCGUGGUUGAAUUGUUGUUCACCGUGUUCUGCCUGAGUGACUCCGCAUGCAGUGAUCUUCUAUCCCUGAACCCUGAACCCUUGCCCUUUGACAUCGCUUCAUGCUCACAAUCUUCGGACUCUAAUAACAUCCAACAACAACAACAACAACAACAACAACAAAAGUUUCAGUGAAUUUACCUUCUCAUAUAUCAAAACAGGUUGUGUACUUAAUUAUCUCUUGUUAUGGUGUCGUGACUGACUUGUUUGAGAACUUCCUUCUAGACUUUUCCACCCACACUUUCUAUGAGAAAAAAACUGCGGUACAGCUUAAUCAUAUAUCUGGUUUGAUUGUUUAGAAAAAAAAAUUCAAACCUGUUGAAUGCAAGAAGAUUACCGGCUACAUCCAAAUAAUCGUGCGUGUUAUUUAUUUGUUCAGAAGGAUUUUGUCUGCCAUCACCUAUUUAAAUGUAUGGUUGAUAGCUUUAUGUUUUGUCUGAUGUUUAUCCUGAGGACUCAUUGAUUGUUUACAAUGUUUAUCAACAAUAUUUUUGCGCUCACUUCGCGCUUGCCUGCUGCUUGUUCACUGGCGUCCAAUGUUUUCACUCGUUCGCUUUUUUGGUUUUGUUUUCCCGGGUAUUAAUUAUCUGCCCUAACUCGGUACACUGCCGAAUUUCUCUUUGUAAAGCUCCAAUUCUUAUUGCAAAUUUUAAGUUGAUUUUGUUUUGAUAUACUGGUUGAUUCGCUGGUUUGUUUGUUCGUUUGUUCAUUUAUUCGUUUUAUUAUUUAAAUUUUUUCUUUAUCUUAUUUAUUUGGUCACUGGAGAUUUUCCGCCAUUUAUUUAUUUUUUUUUUGAUUAAUUACUGAUUGUUUUGUUUGUUUGUUUAUUUAUUAUAUCUAUUCUUUCUUUGUUUGUCUGUUUGUUUGUCAGUUUAUCGUGUGUUACUGGUGUUGAGUAGAACUCUUCCGAUUAAUUUUGAAAUCGCACUGUCCCGUGCAUGUAGUGACAGAAUGAUGAACAUAAUACCAACAAGAGAAAGGCUACAAAGACUUACCCUUGGUCCAUUUCUUGUAAAACUCAGCUCACGAUGGUGGCCUGUAAUAGGUACAGCCUUUUAUUACACAGGAAAGAAAGAGAAACAGGAGAACAUGCCCAGCAAUGGAAGUGUGGAUAAAUGGAGUGGCUGGACGGAUGGCUGAGCGACUAUGUACGAGUGGAACUGUGAGGUGGAUGAACUAGUCGAACAGACGAACUGAAUAACAGUUCAUCAGUUGUAGUUUGAAAUGUACAGUUUGAUUUUAGAUUGAAGGAUGGCUGGCUGUUUGUUAUCAUGUAUCCUCAUCAUUUAAGUACAAAAUGCAGUUCCACGCGGUAUGAAUAAAACUUCCACCUGUC